UCAGGCCCGAAGUUCGGUUCAAGCCCAAACAUGAUUCGAGCUCUUCGUUUGGGUCCACACUGGUCCCGAACUCCCGUUCCAGUUCUGGGUUUUGUCGGAGAUUUCGUCGCCUGACGAUCCAUUUCCACCUUCCAUGGCUUCGCCCAACCCGCAGGGCUCGCCUGCCGCGGCCACCGCCGAUCAGCAUCGGCUGCACGUCACCGUAGCGUCAUCUCCUUUAACUCCGCAGAUGGUAGAAGGAAACAAUGAAAAUAUUAUGGAUGGUGCAGAUCUGACUGAAACAAGCGCGGGUGAGAAACGAAAAAGGGACGGGAAGUUGAGAUCUGUUGUUUGGCAACAUUUCACAAAGCUUAUCAGGGAGGAUGGAACUUGCGAUAAAUGCAAAUGUAACCAUUGCAAUAAGCUCUUCACUUGCUCGAGCCGAAGUGGAACAACUCAUCUGCUUCGUCACGUAACUGAGGGAAUAUGCCCAGUAUUUAAGCUCGACAAGAAGGAUAAACCACAUAACAACACAAGUUUCACCUGUUCAACUGGUAACACCGAUCGAAGAGGAAACAUCAUUCCUUGGAAAUUCGAUCAUCAGCCACUCACUCAUCCACCCAUCGAGCAGUCCAUCGACAUGCACAAUGACUUAUUGGUCGAGGGCUUAGAAGAUCUUGACCGUCAAACUGGUGGAUACCCAGAUGGCGACUUUGUUGGACAAUCAUCAACCUCUGCAUACGCUAAACUUCCUCAACAAAACGCAACACAGUCGCAAUCUCCACUCACUGCAGACUCAUGGAUGAACGAGUUGAGAGCCUGCACAAAUAAACUCGUCAAGCUCACGAAUGAGCUUCUUCCUAACGGUAUAUCCUUGAAGAGCUCUUCUGCAGUCAGCGGCCCCGAUUACUCUAUAGGCGCCGCCAUAAAGUGCUUGAAUGAAAUGGAAGACGCCAUUCCAGAAUCAAGCACAGCAUAUCUCGAUGCUCUUGAUAUUGUCCGGGAUCCCGUAGAAAGGGAGUGUUUUCUUUGUCUAAACCCAGAGACGCGUCGAAGAUGGCUGCGUAGGAUGCUGCAUCGCCGCUAUCCCUUGCGCUAUAAUACUGACAUUUGAUCAACUCUUAAUCAGUUCAAAUCUUUCACUCUUUUUCUUGGGUGGAGACUUGUCAGGUGUUGUAGUUUAUAGAACUUGUCUGAGGUGAAACUAGCAAUACAUUAUAUACUAUUUGUUCUGAAUAUCUUCUUUAGGUUCAAGAUUUUGAACAUUACUUUUUAUACAAACUUUUGGCAGGUACAAAGGGCUGAGCUAUAUUUUGGGUGCAAAUUUCAUUUUUUUGGUCCCAAA